UGGUCUGUCUACAGGAGGUGCAAAGCCCCAUCCAGCUCAGGUCCUUCCCCCUGGUACAGCUCAACGCCAUCCCUGGGGACGCCUCCCCCGCCCUGGGGGUACAGCCAGCACACAAAACAGAUGGAGAACCUCAGAAGGUAGGGAAGCCCAGCCCUCCGCAGCAGGAUGCCACAAAGGUGGAUGGAAACUCCUCAUCAGAGUCAUCGUCUUCAUCUGAUGAUGAUGAUGAUGAAGAGUCGACAGAGUCGGCUGAGUCGGAGUCUCUGUCCAGUAGUGUGGACUCCUCCCGGGGACCACGGAUCAAACACGUGUGCAGGCGAGCAGCCGUGGCACUGGGCAAGCCCCUCGCAGUGUUCCCUACUGAUGACCAGAUCCGCCUGAGUGCUUUGCCUCCUAAGGAGAAGCGAAGGCUGCUGCACAAGCAGAAAGCUGAGCGCUCAGGAACCCCCGACUCUGAUGAGGUUCCAAACCGAGUCAGGACAGAGGAGAAGCCCAAGCGUCCCUUGGGCCUCGGCUCUCCCCAAAAGAGUCGCCGCAGACGUCGAUGUGGCACGUGUGUGGGCUGUCAGCGGACUGAAGACUGUGGCAAAUGUCCCAACUGCAAAGACAAGACCAAAUUUGGUGGUUUCAACGUCAAGAAGCAGUGCUGCAUCCACAAGAAGUGCCGUAACCCCCAGCCAGCUGGUGAUGAGAUGGUACGGCCCAGAAGCAUGGUAGCUGUUAGGAGAGUCAAGGUGCCAUCUAGGAAUUCAACGCCCCCUGUUGAUGGGGCCACAAACAACAGGACUAAAGGGCUAUCAGUCAAAAGAGGUAAUGGCAAGGACAACGGCAACUCUAAAGACAAGCAAGCUGGCCCCAGCUCCUCAGGAGUACAGAGACCCAGGCCCAUCAGAGCUGGAGAUGGAAAACAGUUGUUAAAAGUGGACUUUAAGGAAGAGUAUUAUGUGGAGAAUGCCUGGGAAGGUGGCAUGGUCAUCCUGGCAUCCACCCCUCUUAUCACUCGAAUUGUCUGCUAUCUUUGUGCCAGUGCUGGGCAGCACGAGUUCCUAUACUGCGCGGUGUGUUGCGAGGCGUUCCACCAGUUCUGUCUGGAGGAGGAGGAGCGCCCCCUGGACGGGCGGGAGCAGGACUGGUGCUGCAGGAGGUGCAGGUUCUGCACGGUCUGCGGCAGGCAGAACGGGCUUUUACAGUGCCACAAGUGCCAUGAUAUGUACCACGGAGAGUGCCUCAGCCCAAACUACCCCACCAGACCAACAAAGAAGAAGAAAAUUUGGAUCUGUCCGAAGUGUGUGCGAUGUAAAAGCUGUGGCCGGACCACCCCAGGCCAGGCGUACAAUGCUCAGUGGACCCACGAGUUCUCCCUGUGUCAGGACUGUGGCAAACUGUUUGAUAUGGGCAACUACUGUCCCAUUUGCAAGAAGUGUUACUCUGAUGAUGACUAUGAAUCAAAGAUGAUGCAGUGUGGAAAGUGCGAGAGCUGGGUCCAUGCCAAGUGUGAAAUGCUAACAGAUGAGCUGUACGAGGUGCUAUCGUGUGUCCCAGACACGGUGCACUACACAUGUCCUACCUGCACACAGACUGAACCCCCUGAGUGGAGGCAGGCUGUGCAGAAGGAACUGUACACAGGCUUCCAGCAGGUCCUAGGGACACUGCUCAGCCACAAGAGUGGGGAACACCUUUUAUAUACUGCACAAGAAGAGACUGCAGAGGCUGAAGUGACACCUGCAGUGACACAAGAAGUACAGACAGCCUCUCAGCCAGCUAUGGAGGUUGUCACAGCUGAGCCUCGGGAUGAAGACAUGAAGACAGAGGAGCUGUCUGCAGAAGGGGAGGAGAAGAAGGUGGAAACACCUGAGAAAACAGCAGACAACCCAAAAGACUUAACAGCUGUCAGGAAGCAGGUUGAGGCAAUGGAGUACACAUCUGUGUCUGUGUUCUGUACCAACCUGGUGAGGAUCAUACAGGGGGCACUGUCUGCUGCACCUGACAACUCCAUCCUGAAGACCAACACCAAUAUGAUCAGGGUGCUCUUCAUUAAGCAAAUGGAGCGGCACUUUCCAUGGUUUGAUGUGCAAGGCUGCCAACUCUGGGAACACAACAAGAAUCUGCCAAAGGGCAUGCUGCCCAAUGCUGUACUUCCCCAUCACUGGAGCAUGACUAUGCUCAGUGGAGGUAUGUCGUUAGUCAUGACUGUUGACCUCAUUGUAGGGACAUGUGAUUCAAGUGGAAGCACCAGUGUGAUACCCAUGGAGGUGGGAGAUCCUGAUGAUACCAGGCAAUGCUGUUUAUGUGCCAGGCAGGGAGAGUGCAAACCCAACGAUGCUGGACGCAUGCUGUAUGCAGGACAGGAUGACUGGGUCCAUGCAAACUGUGCCCUGUGGUCAGCUGAGGUGUAUGAAGAGGCGGACGGCUCUCUGCAGAAUGUCCACACUGCCAUCUCCAGAGGCAGGCAAAUGCGAUGUGAGCGGUGUAAUAAGUUGGGGGCCACAGUAGGCUGCUGCACCCGUGGCUGUCCUGCCAACUUCCACUUCAUGUGCGCUCGUCUGGAGGAGUGUCUCUUCCAGGAGGACAAGAAGGUCUUCUGUAAAGAACACAAGGACAAGGUGGACGGAGAGCUUGUGAAGGAGGAUAAUUUUGAGGUGCACCGGCGGGUCUGUGUGAACAUGGAUAACAUCAAACUCAAUAGGAAGUGGAUGCGAGGACUGGAGCCAACCAUCAUCCAGGUCCUGGCAGGGUCUAUGACAGUGGAGAGCCUUGGAGAGCUGAAUGACCUGUCUGACACCAAAGAUGCCCUGCUUCCUGUUGGCUUUGUGUGCACAAGAGUCUACUGGAGUACGUACGAUGCCCGCCGUCGAUGCAUCUACACAUGCCGCAUCACAGAAUUCCGACCUGAGAAACCCAAGCCUGCUGUAGAACUGAACCGCACAACAGCACACGAAGAACCUGCAUCCAGGGACUGUUCUUCAAAGCCUCUGUCACCAAGAAAGGCACACAUUAUAUCCCCGUCAAAACUUGGGAAAGCUCACAGAAACCUGAGCACAGAGAUUGAGGCUGCCAGUCCAAGCACAACAGGAGAUAAAACAUUCCAUAGCCCCAAAUCAAAAGUAAGGAGGACUUCUGAUGGAACCUAUGUACUGUCAGUUCAAGAUAUAGAGCACGGGCAAGCCAAGCUCAGCAGUGCUCGUACACACAAGUCACAAGUGGAUACAUCAGGAAGUGCCAUUUCCAAGAAACUUGCCAGCAGGAGUGUUGAGAGGAAAACAGAACGCACAAGGCAGAAGUCGGGACAACAUGUGUUAGCUGAGCCCAUCCACUCUGAGGUGUCAGAAGACAGGAGUGUGCAGUCAGUUAGUUCCAGUAAGGCAACAUUACCAGUGCAUUCCACACCAAAUGCAAAUACCACAAUGAGUGUGGUCAGAACUGCCCAGACCACAGUCGUAACUACAGCACAAAAUGUGGUUGUGACCACACAGAGCAGAGUGAUUACCACUCAGUCAGUCAAGUCCUAUGAGACAGUUUCUCAGGAGGGAAUUCUGGGUGUGAGUCUUCCGAACAUUGGCGUGUUCUCUCCACCACCUACUAAUGUGCUGCAACCCCACGGAGGCGGUCACCUACAGAGAACUUUACAGUCUCAAGUAACCACCCCACCACCUCAACCACCUUUGUUGCCUCCUCUUGGUUGUGUAAGACAGCAACUUUUGCCUUCUGUAACCCUUGCACACAGGCCAUCUGUGAGAGAUACUACAGCAUUGUUGCCAUGCAGUCAAACAUCUGAAAUAUUUCAGACACACAUUCCACAACAAAGCAAGGCCAUUAUUAGUUCCCCGAUUCCUGAUGGACAUAUCUCUACCUCUGGAAAUGCAGAUCAUGCAGCUGAGGCACCUAUCAUCUCAAGUCUCUUGGCAAAAGAUGAAAGAACAUUUCUGUCUGUUUUGCCAGGUGCAGGUUCAGAGGCCUCGAGAUCUACCACAAAUACAGCACAAGAAAUAGCAAGGUCUACCAUCUCCAUUGACAGUGUGAGGCCAACAGUAACGUUGAGCAGUAGUACUCCUUCAAGAAGCUCAGCAUGUGCAGGGGUAAGCCAGAGAUCCUCUGGAAGCUCCUCUCAGCAAGGUAGUAGUGAAGGAAAUGACGGAAGCUUAAGCAGGCCACAAGCAGAGAGUCAGGACAAUGAGAAUGUUCCAUGCUCAAGCAGCCAACAGGACACAACAGUCACAAACAGUGGGGGUGUUCAGAAGGAGUCCUGCUCCAAAGAACAAGAUGAAACAUCCAGUGCAGAAAAGCUACCUACUGCUUCCACAUCUGUAGGGAUUGUGCCAACUUCCGUUCACAAGCAGGUUGGACAGACAUCAACGUCCAGUUCUGGCUCCAGCCACAUGACCGUCACAGUGACCCUACCCACUGGCAUUCUCCCCAGUCUGUCUCAGUCUUUAAGUCUCAACAAGAUGACUACAACAACAAACAACACACCUGUUUCCAACACAACACCUGCAGCUGUUUCAUCCUCUCCAAGCAGCAGCACACCUUCCCCCUCCACAACCCCUACCGUGGCAGAUGCUAACCAUUCUGGUACCCCAGAUGCCAUGCUGACUCGUGGCAACCCUGUGUUCUAUGGAAGUGGUCUAGUCAAGUCAGCCAAGCUCCUGCGUAAGCUGCAUAACAGCCCAGGAAGAAAGGCGGCUACAGCCAGUCCUCCUCUCUCUGUCAGUCCAAAGUUGAGUCAGUCCUCUGUGGUGACCAAAACUGGUGACAGUGGUGUCAGUGCCAUGAGUGAAGUCAAUGACAAGUCAGCUGUUUCUUCAAAUCCUUCCUCUGGCCCUUCAGAUGCCAUUUCAGAUGUUUCCACCAGCAACAGCAGAUCUUGCACCACACCCAUGCAAAAUGUCAAGGCAUUGCCACCCAAAUCACAGAAUGCAGCAGCUAGUAGUGAGCCAACCUUCCUGCAAGCAUUCAUAGAUUUUUCCUCAAAGGACCAACGACGUACACCUAACCACGUGAAGCCCUGUGUGGUGCAGAUAGCUGAUAUAAGAAAGCAGGGGUCACAGAAGGACACAGCUCACUAUACGGGAAGCCAGCAGCAAUCUGGCAACAAGAAGGUCCCAAAUGGGGACAUAGGACCCCAGCAUGGACUGAUUAAGGGGAACCGUGGAGACCAAAUUAUUGAUAAGUCGAAGCCCUGUUGCCCUAAGUGCAAGAAGCAGUUUGUGAAGGAGAAUCAGCUUCAGAAGCACUGCAGAAGAUGUGUGGAUGAAAUGGCAGAAUCUGAUGAUGAGUACGUUCCAGAAAAGGAGGCAGGGGCUUUGUCAGAUGGACCAAGUGACACCGAUGGUGAUGGGAAGGCACGGGGGAGGCAGAGGUACCCCAGACGGAGCUCUCGCAACAAACCUGUCCAGUACUACGACCUGGAGACGUAUGGGACAAGUGAGGAUGAAAGGUCUGAAGGCAAGCUGUCAGGAAAUGAGUCGCAUUCUCCAAGAUACAGAACAAGAAUGUCCUCCGGGAGUGGCAGUGACAGUGUCACCAGUCCCACCAGAUCUGAUCCCAACAGACGGGGACCAGGAAGGCCCAAGAAGAGACAUCCCAGACCUCCCUCUCCCUCAUCUUGGCAGGCAGCAGAAGAGGGAACUCCUGCAGUCACAUCUCCAUCACGUCCCAGGUUCAAGGAAGAAACACUUCCCCCAAAGAGAUAUUCGCUCAGGCAUCCUAAGGCUUACUCGGAGUCCGAGAGAAAUGACACUGGUAAGAAGGAAAAGUCCUCACCUAAAGGGACCAAUGAUGAUGUUGAGAGGGAGAAAAAGGAAAGUGUAAGUGCAUCUAGCAAGGCUUCUCCAAACAAUGCCUCUGAAGAAAUUAGCUCAGCCAAGCUGAAAGAUGAUCAGGAUAAAACUAGUGAAGAUGUAGCAAAUCUUGGCAACAGCACUGAAGGGAAAGGAAAAUCAGAAGAGAGAAAAGAGUCUAAGGUGGCAGGAGAGUGUAAAAAAGGUCUGGUUGAACAAAAAACAACUCAAGGUAAACCUGAGCUUGAUGAUGUCCUGCCGACAGACAUUGUGGAUUUUGUGCUGCAGAAUUCUUCACCUCACCCAGGGGAACAUGGGAAUGGACUCCCAGCCUUCCCUGCUUCAGAUUCAGGGACCAUGUUAGAUGCAGGGAAGAAGAAGGAGCUUGAAUCAGAUAUAACUGAUAGCAAGGGACCUGAUGGUGAUGCAACAGCUGCAGGUAGUCACAAAGGGAACUCUAUUGUUGGAAACACGGAUUGCUUAAAACCACUAAGUACAGAGAAAGAAAAAUCUCCCAGUCCUUCUACACUUGCAUCAGGGGAGUUAACAGUUAACAAGACAUUAACAACUGUGGACUCUUUGAAAUCUCCCAAUGUUAAUACAAGAGGUGGGCAACAAAAUAUAGUUGGCACCCACGUUGCAUCAAGUGGGAACAGCAAGGUGGUUGUACAGCUACCACAACCCUCCAGCUCAGGUCCAACUGUUGUCAGUACUCCUCCACUCCAGCCUGUGACAACAAGCCAAUUCUCCCUUCAUGAGCUGUUGAAGAAGCCAGCAAGGUACUCUGUUGCUAUUUUGGGAUCUAGGAGACAGCCCCCUUCACAAAGAGAGAAGAGCCCAUCCAAGUCGCCUCGUCUGCUGCCUAAACCUGCAACAACAACAACAGCAUCAGUAUCAGCAGCACCAACACCAGUACCAACACCAGCACCGGCAGUUCCAGCACCACCAUUACCAGCACCACCUCAGGUACCAGCACCACCACCACCACAGGUGCCAGUGUCACCACAGGUACAACCACAGCCACCACUGUCGGCCAAUAUUCAGACAGUCUUUGUCACAGCUCCCAAUCCCCCUGCUGCACUGCAGGUGCCGACAGUAGCAAACCAGCCUGCAGGAUGCUUCUUUGUGAACCAACAGGGCAUGCCAGUGUACCUUGUUCCAACCCCAGCACUGGGCACACAGCUACAGCCUCAGCAGCUCACCAUUCCUGUACAGGCUCCUAGACUACAACAGAUGGCACUGCCAACAGGUUUGGGGCCAGGUACACAGCCAUAUCCUCUGACACCCCAAGCAGCUAGAGCAGUCAAUCAUGUACCACAACAGCCCCUACAACAACUGCUGUCACCACAGAGGUCUCCUGUGAGUGGUGAACUUGGCAAAGUGUCACCGUCCACAAGCCAUGUGUCAGGCAGUGUGACUGUACAGGUACCUCUCCUCCCUGCCUCAGCACAGGGACAGGCAACAAUCAUCAGCUCACCCAGGGUUAAGGACCUGCUGGAGAAGCAGAGGAUAACUAAUCCCUCUCUGACAGACAUGACCAGAAGAAGGAUAGAAAGCAAUAGUGUGGGUAGUCAGACUCAGUUUGUGAGAAAUGCAAUGUCCAUGGGAACAAAACCAAACUUGACUACGUCCCAGGGCAUUGGCAUGAUGACUCUCCAGAACCAAACGAUGAUGACUGUUAAUAACGCGGCAAAUGUGAACAAAAGUCCCCCAAAUGCCCAGACAGUCAUGUGGACGCCACAUAUGUUCAGCAGCCUGUUACAGUCAGCCAACAAACCAGUAGGUUCCACUUUGGUAGCCCCAAUACAGAUACCAGCUUCAAGCCCAAUAAGCCUGCAGUCUCCAGUAAACAGUGUACCAACCAACAUAGUGUCUCCCCCACAGCCAUCCAUUCUGCCUACGGGUGGGGUGUCAAACAGUGUUGUGAACUCGAGUGGGAGCCAGGGGACUGCAGCAAUGGGAGACAUCAUCUCUGCAAAUGCUGCUCUCCUGUCUCUGGCCCAACUACAGCAUGCACAGAUGCAGCCAAUGGGGAAUGCCAGUGCCCAGAAGACAACACUCCUGCAGAACAACUUACCCCAGGUCAACAUUGCUAGCCCCUUGAAACAUCCUCUUUUACCCGAGAAUUUCUACAACAGUCUAGAGUCUGCAUUGAUGUCCUCAUUUAACUCUCCAGACAGAGGGCAGACAGGGAUGUCCUUCCCUCCUCUUGGAACUCCUGGAACAGUGGCAAACUCUCUACAACCCAUCCCAGGUGCCAGCUCAAACACCUCUCCUCAGGCACCAGGCGCAACUGAUUCUGCAGCACCAACUAGCAAACAGAAGAAGAGCAGCCCAAAAAGGAAACGUUCCACAACACCAACAGCAGCCAGUCGUAAAAAGCUCAGGCCUGGGGUGGCAGAAGAGUGGAUUGAUGACAGAAGUUCCCAGGAAAGAGCAAGUGGCUCAGCGGGUCAGGGAAGUUUUUCCUCAUCAGAGGGAAUACCUGGUGGUGAAGGUGGCAGAACAGGCAGUCCACUGGUGUCAUCAGCACCAAGUCUGUCUCCAACUCCCAACAGACGAGGUCCUCGUGUGAAACUGCCCACCAGGUCCAGCCCUGUGCAUCCCAUUCACAAAGGUACUGCCUGCAUCCUCUUCACCAACCUGAGUGACCUUGCACAGAAGUACCGGUACCCGGACCUGAAGUCGCGCAUUCCAACCUCUGCAGAAAUCCUCAUCCUCACCUGUGAUGCCUCCAAGAAGUAUCUGAUUGGUGUAGAGCGACGCCAUCUUCCAUUCUGUAACGAGUUUCAGGGAAAGGUUGGAAAGGAGCAGCCCCAGUUCUCCUUCCACUGCCCAGGGUGUUGUGAGUACAUCGGACAAACCCUCCGUGAGGCCUUGAUGCACUUCCUGGGCCCAGACUCGGAGAAGGCACAGAAAGCAAGGACAGCUCGCUCACGUGCCAUCCAGUUCAUCAUCACCUGUGAUGGGAACAAGUGGGAGAAGAGGAGGCUGGAGUGGAAAGGUCCCCCACAACCCUCACUAGGGGUAGGAAGCGUUGAUGGGGGACUCAGUGGCCAACUGGCUGGUAAGACAACCAUUUGGAACAGAGGAAAGGCACAGGGUUGGCAUAGUGACAAAGCCAGCUUUGAGGAGGAAGCAGAACCCCAUCAUCUGUUCCAGCACUACAGAUCAUCGUCCAACCUUCCCACUGGACGGUCCUCACCAUGGGAUCGCAUCCCGCCCCACCCCUCACUCCCCAUGCCAGAAGACGAGGCUGAUUCCUACUCACCUCUGCUGAAACUGCACGAGAUAGAAGAGGAGCAGAAGAGACAGCAGGCACAAACCACCAUCAUGCCUAAAGAGGACAAACCUAAGCUUGUGUUCGAGAUCACCAGUGAUGAUGGCUUCAAAACAAUGGCAGACACUAUCGAUGCUGCUUGGGACCAGGUUGUGGAGAAGGUACAGGAGGCAAGGAUCAAUGCUCGCAUGAAGCAGCUGUCCUUUGCUGCAGUGAGCGGUUCUGUCAUGCUGGGGGUCACACAUGAAUCUGUGAUGAACCUGAUUGAGCAGCUGGCUGGGGCCAAGAAUUGUAUUCACUACAAAUUCAAGUACCACAAGUACAGCCCUCAUGACCUAGCAGAGGAUGAGGAUCCACCAGUCAACCCCAAUGGGUGCUGCAGAGCAGAAGUGUUGUCCAGACGGUCAAAGUUUGACAUGUUCAGCUGGCUGGCCUCGCAGCACAGACAGCUCCCUGUCCUGGACUACAAUGAGGAGGAGGAAGAGGUCCAGCACAAAUCCACCAGGAGACCAACCAGUAUGGACCUGCCCAUGGCCAUGAGGUUCCGCUACCUGCGGCAGACAUCACGGGAGGCUGUGGGCGUGUACCGCUCACCCAUCCAUGGCCGGGGCCUGUUCUGUAAACGCAACAUCGACUCUGGGGAGAUGGUGAUCGAAUAUGCUGGCAUGGUCAUCCGCUCUGUUCUCACCGACAAAAGAGAGAACUACUACAACAGCAAGGGAAUUGGCUGCUACAUGUUUCGCAUUGAUGACUAUGAAGUUGUAGAUGCAACUAUGCAUGGGAAUGCUGCUCGCUUCAUCAACCAUUCUUGUGAGCCCAACUGUUACUCACGAGUCAUCCAAGUGGAGGGCAAGAAGCACAUUCUCAUCUUUGCCAUGAGGAAGAUCUACAAGGGGGAAGAACUGACCUACGACUACAAGUUCCCCAUUGAGGACCAGAACUCCAAAAUAGAUUGUACCUGUGGAUCUAAAAGGUGCCGCAAGUACCUGAACUGAUCCUUGGGAAUCUGACGGCAAUCCAAUUCAGACAUUUGUGGGAUGGGCAGACCACAAAGUAUUUUUAACCCUGUACUUGUGCUUUCCUUUUAAAUCUCCUAUCCUUUCAUGGCUUUGAUGUAUCAAUAGGAAGAUUAACAGCACACUCCACUGCACACAUUUUGUUUCCAUUUUCUACAUACCUAUAUCGUUUUUAUUUUUAGGCUGUCCCUUCCCAGCUUAGUUAUGGGUUUAUAUUUUUCUCCCUUCAAGCUAUUAAUAGAUGAGCCUCAAAUAGAAGUUUGACCUGUGUGUCAACUGCUGCCACACAAGAAAGGAAACAUACAAUGGGAUGUUUUCUUCAGAAGGGCUGUAGACCCUAUACCCAUUGUUGUGUGUGAUGCCAACUAACAUGUGCAUUCUAUAACAUGCUGCUUUUCUGUGGAGGCUUUAAUCAUUCUGAAGACCAAAUAAAGAGGGAUAAUCUGGCAAAGUGAGCAAGAUGUACAUGUACCUGGUUGUGUGGACUGGGUUUCUAGGGCUAUGCAUUGAGAUUCUGUAUGAGUAAGGUGCCUGAUGUGAUGGAGCUGUCAGAUGUUUCCUUGUACCAUAGGGGAACUGUUUUUAGAAAUUAUUCUUUACAUGAGAGAAAUAUUCUUAGAAAAGAUAGCAGACAAGAAAUUCUAUUGUACUUCUCUGUAAUAAUAUCUGUGUUGUACAUUUUUGAAGACAAGCCCGGUUUGUUAUUCUAAAAAUAUCCAGAAGCUAUAACUUUACUUAUAAUAUGAGUGAAUACUAGUAUGCAGCUGGUGAUUGUAGGAAAUUGUUUACCAGUACCAGGACAACAUUGUUUUGUAUUACAUAUUCUGGACCAUCCAAACUACCAUAUUUUCCAUACACCUGAUAAUGUCUUAUUUGUAUGUUUUAAUUUUGAAGAAACAAAAUGUAAAUGGUUAUGUACAAACUUGUUUCAUAAUGUAUUACAUGGGUGCAUACACUGUGUGCCAAGCAGGUGUAGUGCAUUAGAAGCACACUGUGUUAGAAAGAAAAAUACCAGAUGAUUUUAUUUAUUACACUAUUUCCCCUUGACUUUCUCCUAAUUUUUAAUUGGCAUCUGGAAAUAGCUAUUCCAAUCCAUGAGACAAAGCAAAUUUCACAGACCAUAGUACACGUAGUUGGGUGUCUCAUAUGACAGUCAAAUUGUUAUUUUAUUAACUGGAAGCUCUUCCUUCUGCAGGACUUAGUGAUAGCUCAAUCAUUUACAGAGCAUCUGAGGUAGUACAAUCCAGUAUUCACAAGGCAUUUGCAGUGUAGUAGCAUAUUUAGCAUUGCCCAAGCAGUUACAAAGAAAAGGUCUAAACAACCUCUGCCUGCCUAACUACACGUAACAUUAUGUAGUAAGUACUAGUAUCUUUUGUGAUGUGUCCAGCUCAGGAAAGUAAACCCAUGCAAGGUUCCAUAUUUUUGUAUAAUGAGUUUUUUGUUGGUAUUACUUCGCUUCUUUUUUUAGUGUUCAAUAGAACUUUUGUACAACUUACAAACUGCUUUAAAACUGCUGUAUUUAUGAGGCUUAGCUAGCAAGUACUGAAAUGGCAGACAAUUAUAAGAGAUUUGAUACUAUAUGAAAAUGUUUUUGAUUGCCUCCAAUAUCUCUUCCAAAGAUAUCUGUAGCAUAGUAUACUGAAACUGUCCCAAAGGACUGGUGUACAUAAGAUUUUGUACAGAGAAUCUGGAGAUAUUGAAUUCAGUGUAGUUUCUUCUUUUGGACAGUAAACAAGAUUUUAAUUGUUUCGAUAAUCCCCAAUUGAUUACAAGAAGAUGAUUUGAUCAAUGCUUUGUUUCUUUUGUAUACAAUGCACCAAUAAAGAUUUUAUAUUGUAGAAUUUU